CGCGGGAUCCCGGGAGAGACGCGUAAGGAGAGACCGCAACAAACAACAACAACAACAGUGACGACACGUAACAUUAGACAACAACAACAGCUGUGAGCGUGAGAUCUGAGGCUGACGUGACGAGGAGGGGAAGCUGGAAUCCUCCCACUCAACUGCAAGCAUUUCGGAUCGUCCUUGCUACUCACAGCAGGUCCUGUUCUGAGUGGUCAUGACUGGGUUCCGUAAUGCCUCAAGUGUCCUUACCCUCCUGGUCCUUCUGACAGGGGCUUCCUUCUUCCACCUGUCCAGCCCCAAUCCUAUCAAAACCCCUGGAGAUAUUCAUAGCCCACAUAGAAAUACUCCUCCUGGGCUGAUGGUGUCAGGAGACAGGGAAAGAAGGGAUGAGGAGAGACGAUCAUUUAAGAAAGAAGAGGCAGAAGCAGAAGAGGACCUCUUUAAAGACGUGGAUCCCAAAACACUUGCAGCGGUUUUACUGGAGGCACUAAAUCACUCACAAGUAGAGAGAAGGAUGGAGGGAGAGGAGCCUGAAGGGAUAGAAGGAGAGAUGAAAGCUGAGAGAGGGGAGGUUGAAAAAGAGGAGGAAUACAGACAAGUGAGAACGAUGGAAGGAGCCGACCGAGACAGAGAUGGACGACAGGAGUUAGAGCUGCUGAUGGCCACGCAGGGGAGGGAGCAAGAAAGAGUGGAGGAAGAGGAGAGGAAGAAAGCUCAGGAAGAAGAGGAAAAGAUGACUGAAAAGGUAACAAGUCGUACCACAAGUCAGACAGUCCAGGUCCAAACAGAACAGCAGCCCACAAGUCCAGAUAGACAAGUGGAGAAUGAGAAGGGUGCUGCUCCCCAGCAGGGACCAAACAGCUCUGAACAAGGCAACAAUGAGGAGGAGGAGCAGCUCAGUCCAGAGGAGCUGAGGAGCCUUGAGACCAUGAUGAAGGAGUUUCCUAGUUUGGACACAGCUACUAAGAGGAAUGGGGAUUCAGAGCAAAACCAGAGAGAGAGCCGAGGUUACAGUAACCACAAUUCCAUCAUACCAUUAAAUAAAGGUAGCAACCUUGCCAUGUCGAAGAAGAAACUGAAAUGGCAAGAGGAGACGCAGAAAGCUCUACAUCUACCAACAUUCAAGGGAGGCAACUUUAUGGAUGACUUUGAGGAUAGUAAUUAUGGCAAUAAUGCUGCGCAGUCUCAGCCUCCAGCAGAGCAGGAGGUGAUGGAAGAAGAUGAGCCAGAGGACGAGGAAGAAAAGGAAGAUGAGGAGGUGUUGAGUCCAGAGGAGGAGGAAGCUCGGGCCAAAGCAGAGCAGGAGGAAAUGAGGAGGCAGGCCGCAGAGGCACAGAGAGCCAAGAUGGAGGAAGAGAAGUUAGCGGACAUCGCUUCAGACAUGCUGCUGCGCUACAUGGUCAAACAGAAUAAUGGAAACAAGAAGUACAGUUCAUCUCUAUCCAACGCUGCAGAGGACAAGAGGUCUGAUGAAGAACAGGAAGUGAUUGAGGAGGACGAUAUCGAUCCUCAGACUAUUGACAAGCUGAUCGAAAUAUCCAGCAAGCUACACCUUCCAGCCGAUGAUGUGGUGGACAUCAUCAGUGAUGUGGAGAAGAAGAAAAAGAAAGACGUGCCACCUGAGCUAACGUCACAUUGGCAACAACCUCUAACUCCCCUGUCUUCUUCAUUCUCAUCAGACAAUGGCUUCUCAACAUCACAGAUUUCCACCAAGCAAAAUAACCUACCUGUGUCAAAGCUAUCCUCUCCAGCUGCUAAUCUCCUCAAAACCUGGUUCCAGGAGAAAACAGCAACAAAAUCCCAGGAUCGCUGGAGCAAACCUGUAAACCCUCUGCUACCCAAUCAAAAUCCAUGGCCUAAACCUCAGAAGACUUUGUCAUUAAAACAGGACCUCUGGCGCAAACCCCCCAAGUCUGUUUGGAGUGGCUACCCCUCUUACCCCUUCAUUUACCCAUUCUACUACCAGAGGAAGCCCUACCCUGACUACUACCCCUUCUAUUUUCCACCUCCCCCCAGACCCAAACCCCGUUACUACUUCCCCAAACCUGCUCUCACCCUCAACAGCUACCUUGGAAAUUCUGUGGAUGACGCUAGCAUGUACCCUCCCAAACGUCGUUAUUACAGCUGGAUCCAACCUCGGCUGAAAACCCCACCCGCAGGUAAUCAACAGAAACCUUACUACACCAGCUACCCCCUCCCAUUAUACCCACGUACAUUUCAGCCAAUUCCCAAACCACGGUUCCCUCCUCGAACGCCUGUAAUCUCUCCUCAACAAAAGCAGACAUAUUACUCAGCCCUGGCACCUGCAGUGAUGAGAAAAGAAGAUUACUAUGAGUCUGGAAAGCAGUCAGACAGCAGCAGCCGUGACGAUCUGGAGAAGUACAUACAGCACAUACUCCUGAAUAGACCACAGAUGUUGGACUGAAGCACGGAUGAGAGUGGGAAUAGGGAAAAUGGAAAGGAGGAAAGAGUACCAGAAAAGAAUGUAUUUCUUUAUUUUGCUGAUGUCUGGUUUUGUUUUUCACACGUAACAACUUUCUUUCUAAUAUUUGGGUUGGUUGUUAUUUGGACAAGGAAAAGACACAGGACUUUUUUUCCAGAAGUUAUCUGGAUAAAGUGAAACUUUGGAGGGAAAUGAAAGGAAAGAUACACAUCUACUCUCCUCCUGUGUGAAGGAGGAGGAACCAGGAUGAACAUAGUCUGGUUGAAAGCACGACAUGGCAAAGAAUUGUAUCAUGCAAGAACUUCUCAUCUAAAUUCCCAGCAUGACAACUUUCUCCAUUUGGACAUUUUACUAUGCCAACAAAGGAGGAUGCUUAAAUAUCUUGUUAUCUGUACCUUCAAAAAAUAUCAAUUUCAGAGUCAGUUGAAUCGUAGGUUGUGAUGACGGCUGGUGGAAUUUCACUGUAAACACACACAAAAAUAACAUUUGUGGGAUUAUCUCAGGCAGGGAAACAUUCUAAAGAGAUUUCAUAACCAUAAUUCAUCAGAAAAAAAUAUGCACAACUGGGCCAAAAGUAUGUGGACACCAAAUAUUAUUUAUAAUAUAUGAACACAACAAAAGGUAGUGGAUUUUGACACAGUGGUCAUUCAUCAGCUACACUUACAGCCUCCACCCAAACCAGACCCACUAUUCAGACACAAAAGCUGAAGAGAACACUAAUGUUGGGUCAUGAGGUCUGGCUUAUCCCAAAGGUGUUGGAUGGGGUUCUUCUCACCAAACUGGGACCUCAUUUCUUUAUGGACAUUUUAUGAGUGGGAGUAUUGCUGAGUUGAAACACAACUGGGAUGAAGACACAUUUUCGUCACAACAUUGGAAUCUUUAUGGUAACUAAAAUAUCAUUGUAUGCUAGAGUUGGUGCCCAUAUACUUUUACCAUAUUAUAUAUCAGCCCUGGGCCAAUUCACCUUAUAUAAAUAAAAUCAAGAUCAUGCAUUAACUGGGACUGGCCUCAUGUCAAAGUCAUUCCCUGUUCUUGUUUUUAAAAUGAAUAUAUUUUAUGCAAAUAUUUCAUUUUGUAUUAUUUGUAUAAAAAUGCAGCAAAAAAACCUCAUUAGAGGAGCACCUUUUCAUUAUGUAUGGUCACGCAUACCCACCAAAGCUCUUUAUCAUGAAAUAUAAUGUACCAAAAAGCAUAUUUCAUACAAGGGCAGUGGAAGCCACACUAACACCACAAUAAUGGCAUGGAUGACUCAUCCUUUUGCAUAACUUCAAUUACCUUGUUGCCAUGGCACCAAACCCUGGCCAAACUCCAUACAGUUGACACCUACAGAGGAGAAUGCGGAGGUGGAGGCACACCGUUCUUUUACUAAACAAAUGCAUUUUAAAUGAUGAGACAGUUGCUAUAGUUUUUAUUGUCACUAAAUCCCAUGAAAAAAACAGCAAUUGUGGCUUUCCAACCCUGACUGUUGCUCUCAGUCCCAAGCCUGAGACAUCGUUUUUUAAACAACUCCCCACUAUAGUUUACCUGCCCUCCAUGGUUGAAAGAUACCUGCCCCAAGUGUCCCUUAAGCCCAAAGCUCCUUUCAGCGCAAUGAAGACCAGUUAAUGUGAUCUUAAUUAUCCAUCAUUUGUUUUUCAUUCAUCAUCAUCAUUACCACAAAAUCUAUUUUUAAAUCUUAUUUUUAAUCAUUUUCUAAAUGUCGCACAAUCAUCAGUGAUAUAUUUUAUACAUUUGUAUGUUGGAGAGAUGUUUCCAAAUUGAGCAGAAAUCUGCUGCCUUACAUGUCACUGUGACAUUCCGCCCAUGGUGCUCUUUUUUUUUCUUCUGUACCACUUGAUAUCGUCCAUAGAAGAAAGGCGUGAAUCUGUUCAAGCCGCAGUUUGUUAAUUCUCAUUAAUCAUACAUUUCACUGCUCGGAUCGGAUGACAGUGUUAUAACAAUUAUAAAAUGUGCAAAAAAGGACUGUACUACUGAGAUUUUCUUUCUCUUCUUAAAUGGCUACUGAUAAUCAGUUAUCAAUAAACUCUUCUUUUUCUCCUUCUUCCCUGUUUUUCAAAUAUGUCACUGGGAACUGGAGCAAAUGUUACUCUUUGGACUGUAGGUGUUGUUUGACCUUUGUGGCCACCUGUUGCUAAGUGAUGAGCAAACCUCGGCAUCUGUGCUAACAAGCCUGGACAGGAUCAUGGCAUUAACAAUCAAGUUUUUUUUGUAUAUUAUUGGUUUUAUUUACUUCUUGUUUUAGAUAUGAUUGAUGAGGAAUUUACAGAUUAACAAAGAGAAGGGAAGAUAAAAGUGGCUGAGAUAAGGGUAAAGUGUCUGCACGUUUCUCUAUACUUGCAUUUAAAUUUUUUUUUGUACAAGCAUCAAUUUUAAAAAAGCAUUAAAAAAAUUUAAAGCUAACAGAAACAAUGACAUUGGUGUACCGUAUGAUCAAUGUUUGAGUCAUGUAUGCGGCGAGUAUUGUCCAUGGUCUUUCUAGAUGUACCUUGUUGUAACCAUCGUAAUAAACAUGCGUUUGCUGGAUGUAAAGACGCGCAUAUCAAUGAC